AUGGGCUGCUUCUAUUCCUGCGGCUUCCGCACGAAGCUGAGGCAGAAGUACAUGCUGCCGGCCAAGCCGUGUGGGGAUUGCUGUGUGCACACCUUCUGCUUCCUCUGCGCCAUCUGCCAGGAGUACCGCGAGCUCAAGAACCGAGGCUGGGAGCCUAAGCUCGGUUAUCUGGGCAACACACGCCGCUUCAUGGCUGCGGGUAAAGUGCCGCCUACAGGGCAGCAGAUGGCGCGCUGA